AUGGACACUCGUCCGACCAAGUCGGUAGUGGUCCGUCGGGUGGACCCGGUACCCCUUCCGACGCCGCACAUGCGGUCUCCAGAAGCUUCGGCCGAGGCAGACCUUCCGACGUCGUUGCGCAGCCCCAAGAAGCGACGAAGCCGACCGUCCGAUCCGAUGCACCGGCGGACCCCUUCCGUACCAACUCGAGUCAGUCGAGCGGCAGGACGGUCGGGCAAGUCGGGUCGCCCCAGCACGAAAGCGCCGUGCAGCGCCACGCAUGAGCUGCGCCUGUUGCGGGCACAGGUCACGAGUAUGGAAACGGAGCUGCACAAGCUGCAGCUCAAGUGGGUGCGCGACUUACCCGACGCGCACCUGUUGGCGACCGCGCAGCACUCGGCUUGCAAGAAGCGGGCGGUCGCACAGACCCAAGCGACGCAGCACGAGCUGCAAGACGUGCUACUGCAGGAGCAGUUGGUGUUUGCAGCGCUGCAGGCCGCGAUCUCGCGCGCGCCGUUGCACUCGCGCGGUCCCGAGCUCCUCCAGGCGCUGCACUUUGGCACGCGCUUUGGACGCGACGCCGGUGAGCGCAGGCGGACGCUUGCGGCGCACAAUGAGCGCUCGCUCGCUACGAUCCCGUCCAUUGUGCGUCGGUUUGCCCAAAUGACACUGGACAAAGUGGGUGCGUCGCGAGACGACACGGACGCUGCUGCGACUGGCCCUGUGCUCCCGAUCUCUCGCAUGGACAUCACGGGUUGCAAGGACUGUACGCUCGUGUCGAGCGUGUUUGUGUCGGAGAUCCCACACGACUCACUGGAAGACGUCUACGCGGCUGCGGUCGCGUAUUACGAUUCAAUUCCGACCAUGAUGAAGCGCCACUUUGGUGUCGAAGCGACGCGCACGAGGCUAAAUAGCGCCGACGCACCUGCCGAGUAUUGGCAACUUGACCUGCGAGGAGUUGGGCUGCCAUCGAGCGUGAACCACAUUCUGUGCUCGGACCUGACAUCGUCGCAUGGAGUGAUACACAUGGACGCAGUGAUCGAUGACCCUUUGUAUCCAGCAUCACGAGCAAAUGACUUGGAGUUUGGGGUCUCGGGGCUCACUCUAACGCCGCGAAGAGAGCUGGGGACCAACCAGGUCGUUGCGAUCACGUUGCGAUGGAUUAUUCUGUACCGCUACAAGCUGCUGGCAAACGACCCUGCCCUCCGCAAGGACUUGGAGUAUCAGCGUCCAAUCCUGAACGGUGACCUGGUCACUGCUUCAGUCUGCUCGUAUCUGCAGCAACUACCACACCGGCGUGCGACGUCGAGUCAACGCCAAGAGCAGUAG